AUGAAUAGCGAAAGUGAGUUGCACAAAAGCUAAAUGACAAAUAGCCCUAGUCCCAAUGCAGAUGUGAUAGAUAAGAAGAAAAAAACAAAGGAUAAUAUUAUAUUAGUUAACCAAAAACCAAACAGCGGAGGCGGAGGAGCUAUUUCUAAACCAUAAAAUACUAGUGCGAGUAGUUCUGAUUUGAGAUAAUAGCAUAAGGAAAAUAUAAAUAGCACAAAUUAGAUGAUAAUGGGCCCCUUUGAGAAGAGUAUUUUAAAGGACCACUUUUACGGGUUCCCUAAUUAGUAGCAAAAUGCUUCAUAAUCCUCUUCUACUUCAACCUAUUAAACUGCAUUGAAUAUCGCGCCACAUUUAAACGGAUAACCAAAUUAGAUAAAUUAGUUAGGAAAACUGCCUGAUUAUAAUAAGAAUACAAAUUACUAUUAAGAGUUUUGGAAAAUGUAUUACACAAACGAAGUCAUCAUCUCAAAAUUAAACGAAUAUAAAAAGGAAAUUUAGCAAAUAAGGGAUAAGGCAGACCGAUUAGAACAAAUGAUCACCCAUUUGGAUGAUGGCAUUUCUCAAGAUUAGGACUCUAAAUCUUAAACUAAUACAGUACAAAAAACUAAGAAAAAAAAUCGUAGAUGUGCCUCAGAUAUUUAAAAAGACUUUUAAUGUCCUUAUGAUAACUGCACUAAAACUUAUGGAAGUGAGGUAUCUUUGAAUCUACAUAUUAAAAUCAAGCACAAUGGUGGUAAUAAGACAGAAAGAGAAAGACUUGCUAGGUAAAUAUUUGCUGCUAAAAUUAAUGGAGAGGAAAUACCUGAAAUGAGUCUCAAUCUACCACCUGGCUUUAUGGAGGAAAUCAAUAGUGGAGGAGCUAAUAAAAAUGAAUAUUACAAAAAAAAUCCAAACAAAGACAAGGACAACAAAACAAGCAAUCAUGAUAAACAAAGUGAGUCGAAUUAAACUUCUAGUAAUAAAUGA